AUGUUUCGAGCCUCGCGUUCCCUCCUCCGCCUCGCCCCGCGGGCCUCUCCAUUGCCCUCUCGCUCCCUGCCCAGACCAUGUCCUCCAGCCGCCUCGUCACCUCUGCCGUGGUCGGUCCCCGUAGCUCGCUUCGCCAGCAGCAGCGACAAAUCAACCCCCCCUCCGCCCAAGCAGCCAAUUGACCGCGAUCGUGAGAAGGAGCUGGGCCAAAGGACACUCGAGGCCCGUCCCGCCGAGGUUUCGGGUCAAAGCUCGGUGCGCCAUGUAAUGGAGGGUUCGCAAGGCAGAGACGACGCCGACCUGGGCCAAGGACUCAAACAUGACAUUGACAUCGUCCAUAACACGUUCCGUCUUUCUCGAGUUCCCCGAGAAUCUCACAUCCUUGGCCUCGCCGGCAGCCUGCCGUACCUGGCCACCUCUCUCUCCACCGUCUUCCUGGCCUGGGAUCUCAACAAGGAACUGCCCACGGGCAAUGCCUUUUACGACGCCAUCUUCGUCAACCACGAGACGGCGCAAUGCCUUCUCAACGUCAUCGAGCCCUUGCAGCUCGGUUACGGAGCCGUCAUCAUCUCCUUCCUCGGCGCAAUCCACUGGGGACUGGAAUAUGCCGAAAAGGCGCCGUUGCUGGAACGCACCCGCUUUCGCUACGGCAUCGGAGUCAUGGCAUCCGUCGUCGCCUGGCCCACCCUCCUCAUGCCCAUCGAGUAUGCCCUGACGACCCAAUUCAUGGCCUUUGUCGCCCUCUACUUUGUCGACUCGCGGGCCGCCGUCCGUGGCUGGGCGCCUCCCUGGUACGGCAUCUAUCGCUUCCUGCUCACGGCCAUGGUCGGUCUCGCCAUCCUAGUCUCCCUCGGCCUGAGCUCCAGCAUGUCCGCCCCGGGCAUUGCGGACCACGACACGGACUGGACCAAGCUCGAGGCCGAGGAGAAGGAGAGGAUUCGGAAGGAAAAGGAGGAGGCGGAGAAAAAGGCAAAGAAGGAGGCGGCGGCCAGGAAAAAGGCAGAGAUGAAGGGCGACGGCAAGGGCGCAGAGAGAAAGGAGGGAAAGAAUAAAGAGGCCAAGGACAAUAAGAAUGACGCGCAAAAUGAUGAUGACAAGGAUGGCGAGAACGAGGACAAGAGCGGCGAGAACGAGGACAAAAGCGACGAGAAGCAGGGCAAAAAGGCAGGCGACAAGGGCAACGACGAGCCCAAGAGUCAAGGCAGCGACAAGAAAGAAAAGGACGCAAAGAAAUAG